AUGGCACAUUUUCGAGUUCGCGAGGAAACUGGCUCGGGCUUUGACAGUGAUGGCUUUGUUGUACUCUCCAAACCUACUGGGUCAUCACAGGACGAACUGCCCGAGGUAUUCCGACUGCCGCUCUACAAUGGCCUGGACUUGUACGAGGUCUCGGUGGAUGAGCUUCAACAUCUCUAUUCCACUGGAGCGCUGUCCUCGGUCGAAUAUGUGAAAUUCUGCUUGGAGAGGGUGCAAAAGACCAAUCCGUAUCUCGAAUGUGUCAUCGAAACCAAUCCCGAUGCUAUCGAACAUGCAGGGGCGCUGGAUGACGAACGGAAGAAAGGCGUCGUCAGGGGUCCGCUUCACGGCAUCCCCGUGCUGGUUAAGGAUAACAUGGCUACUGCAGACAAGAUGCAAACGACAGCAGGCUCCUGGGCCUUGCUCGGUUGUAUUGUCCCCAAGGAUGCACAUAUUGUCCAUCUUCUCCGCCAGGCUGGCGCGGUCAUCCUCGGCAAGGCCAAUCUUGAUGAGUGGGCAGGAAUGAGAGGCAGCGUCUAUUCAAUGGGAUACUCUGCGCGUGGUGGCCAGUGUCGGAAUCCGUACAUGCUGACUCGCUCCCCAAACGGCAGCAGCUCAGGCAGUGCGGUCAGCGUCUCGGCAAACAUUGUCCCCCUCGCGUUCGGCACGGAAACCGACUGCAGCAUCAUCAGCCCAGGCAUGGUCAGUGGCGUCGCGGGGAUCAAGCCGACCGUCGGCCUGACAUCGCGUGGAGGAGUCAUUCCCAUCUCAGAGACCCAAGACUCUGUCGGCCACUACGGCAAAUGCGUCGCAGACGUUGCCCGUGGGCUCGAUGUGAUCGCGGGUCCUGACCCCGACGACAAGUUCAGUACCCAACCCGGAAGACGUCAGCCAAAGAGUUACUAUGCGUGCCUCACCGACAGGCACGCGCUCAAGGGGGCCAGGUUCGGUCUCCCGAGCAAGUGUUUCUGGGACGCUGCUCCGGACCCUCAGAGACUGGUUGCGGAGAAAGUCCUGCAUCUUAUAAAGCAAGCCGGCGCCGAGAUCAUCCCCGUUGACAUGCCGUGCGCAGAGGAGAGAUUAGGCAAACACGGGAUUUGGGACUGGGAACGGUACGGAGAAUCUAAUCCCGAAAUAUCCGAAAUCACCGUCAGCAAAGUCCAGACCUAUUACCUCAUGAACCGCUACCUGAGCAAACUGAAGAACACGCCCAUCAAGACUCUCGAGGACGUCGUGCGGUUCAACGACGACAAUCGGGGCACCGAAGGCGGCCAUGAAGCCGAUCUACCAGCUUUUCCCGACGGCCAGAUCCUCUUUCGCAAAUGCGUCGAGACCCAAGGUAUCAAGGACAAGACGUAUUACGCCGCCCUGAAGCAUAUUCAAUCCCAAUGCCGCGAGAACGGGAUCGACGCUGCGUUGAAAUGUCCGCCGAGCAGCCGGCGUCGACCAUCUACCUGCGAUGAUGGAGAAGAGGAAGAAGAAGUCCUAGACGCCCUCCUCUUUUGCGACGUCAAGGCCGGGGGCAUCCAGAUUGCCGCGCAGGCGGGCUACCCUAUCAUGACCAUCCCGGUCGGUCUGGACCCGGACGGGAUGCCAGUGCCGCUGACACUGCAGCACACUGCCUGGCAGGAAGACAAACUGAUCAAAUGGGCGAGUGCCAUUGAGGACCUUCUAAGUCACCAUGAGGAAGAGCAUUCCAUACCGCCGGGCGAUCGAUGGCAGAGGCUGGGCCGCGUCCCGCCUACCUACAUGAAACAUUUGCGCAAGAACAUCCCCACCGACAUGGACUAUCACUGGCCGGGCCGUCAUCGAGAUCAUGCCAUUUAA